AAUAAAGGCUGGGGCAGGUGUUGCUUCUAUCCUUUGUCCUGUGUCUGAGGCGUUUGUGGGAGCGUCAGUGUGUUCCAGUGACUGAGACAGAGACAAAGACAGGCCAGCAGCCAUGGAUGAUGUAUACAAAGCAGCGGUUGAGAACUUAACAGAAGAGCAGAAAAAUGAGUUUAAGGCAGCCUUUGACAUUGCAUGUCAGGGUGCGGAGGACGGCUGCAUCAGCACCAAGGAGUUGGGGAAAGUGAUGAGGAUGCUGGGGCAGAACCCCACCCCUGAGGAGCUGCAGGAGAUGAUAGAUGAGGUGGAUGAGGAUGGCAGCGGGACAGUAGACUUUGAUGAGUUCCUAGUGAUGAUGGUGCGCUGCAUGAAGGAGGAGAGCAAAGGAAAAUCAGAGGAAGAGUUGGCCGAACUUUUCCGCAUGUUCGACAAAAACGGAGAUGGCUACAUUGAUUUGGAGGAGCUGAAAAGCAUGCUGGAGUCGACUGGAGAGGCCAUCACUGAGGAUGACAUUGAAGAACUCAUGAAGGAUGGAGACAAAAAUAAUGACGGAAAGAUUGAUUAUGAUGAGUUCCUGGAAUUCAUGAAGGGGGUUGAGUAAAGGACU